GUGUAAAUCAAAAUAUAUGAUUAUAAGUGAAUAAAUUUGAAAUGUAUUCACAUCAUUUUUUUUUCAUCAGGCACCAACCGUCAGUCUUUCACAUGAAUUGUAUGGCAAGUCUGCUACUUGAAGACAUUCCAUCACUGCCAAAUAGUUUCGUUUUUGGAGUGAGAUAGUGAUUUGGCUUUCGUUUGUUAACACAUCACCUAGAAAUAUACACCUUCAAUACUUAUUUCAAUACACCUAUUUUUCAUGAUUUCAUUUUUAUUGAGAUAUAUUUUGUAAUGUGAUUCCGAUUUUCGUAGUAGAGAUGAUGGCUACUGCGUCCAAACUUUAUUUAUUUACAUUAUGUUGUCAUCUAUUUCAUUUCAAGCAAUUCUGUUUUUUUCUUUCUUUCUAGAUUAUUUACAGGUUUCAGCAAAGCUCAAAUUGAACAUGACUUUCGUUCACUUUCUCAAUUGUAUGGCUCUGGCUUAUGCACCAUACGUUGUUGCCUAUAAGACGUCUAUUUUAUCAGAGUAUAAUGCUCUAAGCCGUGUCGUUUUCGCUGGAUUUAUUUAUAUGGUGACUCAACUUGGAAAAAUGAUGUUACUUGCUACGUUCUUUCCUACUAUGGAAAAUACGGGAAGUGAUUUUAAUGUGAUGGCAGAAUUUUUAAAAACUCUCGUUGAUUUUAUUGAUCUUGUCGGAAUUUAUUUCAUCAUCAAUCGAACCAUUGGAAAACCCGAAUUGAAAGUACUAAUCGCUGGAAUGGGAUGGUCAGGUGCAGAAGUCGUUUUCACCAAUCUAAUUCCUUUCUGGGUCGGAGCGAGAGGCUUAGAAUUUGAUUGGAAAUUCAUGAGAAUGUCACUCGAUGCUAACAUCACUCUCGUUCAUGUUAUGGCAGUUUCGGCCCUUGUAUGGGCAUAUUUACGUACGGACCUAAACAAGAACCUUGUACCUGUUGUCACAGCUCUUCUCGCCAUGUCUGUGUUCCGGAAUUUUAUUGUUGAAGUUAUUUCUAUUGCAGCAGGUUUUUCACCAUGGGUUUCACUGUUGUUGAGAGCUGUAUUUACGUCCGUGAUUGCUACACUAUCAUUACAACUAUAUGAAGGUCUUGCGAAGGAGUCUUCAUGAUAUAUUUUCAUGAAUUGAAGUCAAAUCAAAGAUGUGUUUGGAGAUCGAGGAAGACAUUUGGAGGCAAAAUUAUUAAGGAAAAUACUAUUAUUAAUAAAGAUGAACGAGUAUUAGAAAUGUGCUGUAUAUUGAUGUUUAUGAUUGGUUUGUGUUUUUACCAGUAACAGAGUCAUUUUGCAGCAAAAUAAGUUUUCGACAAUCUCAACUGAUCACAAUUAUUUUCAAGUUGUCCCUUUUAAUGUCGUCAAUUCAAUUUGAAAGACAUUGAAUCCUGGACUUUUAUUGUAAUUAUUGAGCAUAAUUUCUAUUUCCUAAUUGUGGUUCUUUGCGUUUUUUUCUUAAUUUUUCAAAUCCAGUGGUAUUUUAAUAAUUGUCAUCUGUGGUAUGUGUAUGUCUGUAUGAUUAUUUUGAUAAUUCUUUUCCAUGAUACACAAUACACAUCAAAAUUCAGUUUGGGUAUUGAGUUCCACAACAUUUGUAAGAUAUAGAUUUAUGUUUAAAUUUAAUUAGGGUACCGUAUUUGCUCGUUUUGUAGCCCGGGCAUAUAUUUUUUUAAC